AUGACGUCCAGGAGCCGGGAUCAGAUCCUCGCUGCCAGGAUAUUGGCCUAUAUCUAUAUUGGCAUGGAGCUCGCCGUCGUGCCCAUCUACCAGUCGGAAAUAACCCCGCAACGAGCUCGCGGGUUCGUCGUCGGCACUUACCAACUAAGUCUUGCAACGGGCGGCUUGGUCGUCAAUGCCGUGGCCCGAGGUACCGGGAGCUUGAACUCAGCUGCGGCAUAUUUGAUCCCGUACGGACUCUUCUACAUCGUACCCGUGAUUGUCAUUGCAGGAAUCUGGUAUGUUCCAGAGUCUCCCCGUUGGCUUGCAAUGCAAGGUCGUAAUGAAGAAGCACUGAUAGCUCUCACUCGUCUCCGUGAAGGCAGCUUCACUGAAGAGCAAAUCGCGACUGAAAUGUCUCAGAUCCGCGCGGGCAUAGAUUACGAAGUCGAAAAGGGUACCUUUAUGGAUAUGUUCAAGGGCAAGCAAGUGACGAAACGAACCAUGUCAGUCAUUGGUGUCAACUUCUUCCUGCAGGCUACUGGCUCAAUCUUUGCCUCUGUGUACGGCGCCAUUUUCGUGAAGCAGUUGGGGUUCAUCAACCCUUUCACCGUCACCAUGAUUACCUCAAGCAUCAACAUCGUCAUGUGUGUCUGCUCAAUGGUCCUAUUGGACAAGUUGGGACGGAGAAACGUCAUCUUCUUCGGCGGGUCGAUUCAGACGGCCGGUCUCUUCGCAAUGGGCGCUCUCGGACUCGCGUCCAAUCCGAGCGUCGCCGUCAAGUCAGCCAUCGUCGCCAUGAUGAUUGUGAUGACUACGGGAUUCACUCUCGGAUGGGCACCAACAUCGCAUGUCCUCUCUGCCGAGAUUCCGAGCAUGCGCCUCCGUGAUGUCACGUAUCGGACGGCCAGCGUUGUUAAUAUUGCAAUGCAGUUCACCGUCGCUUUUACGCUACCGUAUCUGCUCAACGCCCCGUACGCGAAUCUGGGGUCCAAGGUUGGUCUGAUCUUCGGCACAAUAAGCUUUCUCUCCCUUGUCUUUGUCUACCUCUGCGUGCCGGAGUGCAAGGGCCGGACACUUGAGGAGGUAGACAUGCUCUUCGAGCUGAAGAUUCCGAUGCGGAAAUUUCAGAGCACAGUCCUUGCGAUAGAUGCUCGCAAUCGGAGCAAUGUCAAGCGAGAUGAGGAGGCAACCUCUGAGAUGGCUGUCACGUUGGGACUUAAGGCAAGCAGUUGA